GCACACAUUCAACAGCAACGAUUUUAAACACAUUCUACUUCGUCGGUGUGCGAUCGCGCGCGCGCGCGCGCGCGUGUGCGUGGAUUAUUUUCGCUUAUACCGCGGCGCACGCAAUCUCAGAAGUGGUUCUCGCGUUGACAGGUUCCGAGCGAGUUUUCGCCGGCAUCGAGCCCCGAUCGGCUAGUGCUUCGAACAAGGGAUUCACGAUUUCUAGAUUCUCCUCGAACAUUGUCAAAUUCGACGCCACCGGCGAUUUUUCGAUUCGAUCGAUCAUCGUGGGAAUUUCAGUAUUUAGAGAGAUCGAGAAUUUUAGACCAGAGGGAACAAAGUGUCCUGAAUUCACUUCGAAACAAUGUGAUAUCUACCAGAAAAAGAGAGAAUCAAUCAUCGCUGUCACUUCGAACACUUGAUAGACUCUAACGCUUCAGGAAAGAACUAUUGAUGUCUGGAUCCUCUUCGAACAUCGUGAAAUUCCGCGUAUCAAUCCUUUUUAAACUCGGCUAAUGAGUCCGAUACUUUCUAAAUUUUUCCUGAACAGUGGGAUUCACUGGUGUAAGAAGAAUGACCGUCAUCGUUGAGAUGAAAGACCAGACUGAUCAACGUUUUUGACGAAACAUCGGUUGCAAACAUCUUUUCGCCGUGAAAUCCAGUAGAAAGGAGAGAUCGCGUUUAAUAGGAAACGUAACACGCGGAGGAAUUCUUGUACAACGCGUGCAGAACGUGAUGCACGCUUUGCUGGUGCUUAGGUCAACGUCAAAGAGAAAGAGAGAAAGAAUCCCUGUCGUGGGGAAUUAUGAAUGAUCCUCGGUACGAGGAUGAUGGCGAGCCGGCCCCGUGUACCCGGUUGCUGGAAAUAGCGUGCAAUCUGCGCACGGAGACGUCGACAACUGGACAAAUACGUUUGUUCCUCGCUUCGUUCGCUGUGCGUCAACGUGCUAUCGUUCAAUCGUGACAAACAGGAACCUUAGACCGGUUGUAUAAGUAUUCACGGUGAAAAUCGAUUAUGACAUUAAUUAAAAUUCUUCUUCUUCUCAUCUCGUUUGAGGAUUCUUGUGCAAACGUACCGCGCGUCAAGUCGCUUUCAUCGAGUCGCGACGAAGGAGAACCUCAGACCAUUUCAUUCGAAAUGAAAAUUUGUUAUACGAGAGCCAACCAGUGAAAUUUGUUUUUCUUAUCGAUCCGAGGAUUGUUGCGCGAAUGCGAAUUGAAAGAAAUUUGAUUAUCGCGAUGAUCAUGGUCGGACGGAUCCGGAACAGUGAUAAGAAUGACGAAGCGGGACGAGAAUAAAUGAUAGCAUAUGUAUGUACGGUCGCGGUUGUACGAGAAAUCGUACGACGCGUGGACGUGGCCGUGGAACUUCAGACGCAAGUGUGAAUUUUAAGAGUGCUCGGUUUGCAUUGUAGAUGAACGAACGUUGUUUCAAUUCAUUGACUUAACGAUAGUGCUAUCGACUAUUUCGCUGUAGGUUCAACUAACAUAAUCGACGGUGCUCAAUUCAAUAGAAAAUUAUAUCCACAUGUCGUAACCAGGAAAUAUGGUAACAUAACAGAAAAAUGAUUUGAAAUAAUCUCAUUGGGUAGAAGUGUACCGUGAGUGGCAUUCGUGGCGAAUUGUAAAUACGAUUGACGUACAACGCGAUGGUGCUCGACGUUUGAGAAACGUGUUUCAGAUUAUCGUCCGAUUUACAGUUUGUGAAUCAGUCGUUCUGGCAACAAAAAUCAUCGUUAAAACUUUAUGACCAUUGAUAAGGUGGUAUCUCGUUGCUGAAAGCUGUGGAAAAGUUUAUAACUCUGAAUCUCUUAUAAAAUUUUCCUCCAAUGAGUUCGAAUAGAAACAUUAGAUGAUUUUCGAGAAAAAGAAAAUUAACUAGGUAGAAUCAUUAAUUUCCACAUCUUCUUCGAACACCAUCGAAUCAAUGGUUCGAUUGAUCUCUAAAUGUUUCUUGAAAUGCGUAGAAUUCAACAAGGAAAAAGGAGAAUGAACACCGUCAAUAGGAAACGGUCAUCAAUUAAUCAAUGCUUUGGCAAAAGGAUUGUGAAUUUCUAGAUUCUCAUCGAACGCGUGUUUUGUAAACUUUUUCCAUCUCCUUUGUGUUCAGUGCUAGUAAGAUCUAUUGUUUUUUGAUCACCUUUGAACCUCGUAGAAUUUUUGAGCGUUCAAACAGAGAAGUUCAACAGUUUCUAGAUGUGAGACGAGAUCUUGCUUCUUAUUGUAUUGAUAGAAUUGACGAGCAAGUUGUAAAUAAAGGAGGAAAAGAGACACGGGAGGGGACUAGAGAUUGUCGAACGAAAUGCUCAUAACCGAAAAGGGUUCUUUAACGAAAGAAGGAAUCAACGAGGAAUCGGAUGAGCAUACGAUCGCCACCGACAACAACACAGUGCCAUUGAACGAUCUGCUGGUGAACUCGACGCGACCUACGACCGCGGUUGCAAUAAAAGUGUGCGAUGUCUCUGCAGACGAGACCGAAAGAAGCAACAACGAGAAACAGAAACGCGGUAUCCUCAGCAACUUCCAGAGAAGGACUUUCAGCAGAAUCAGCUUCAAGGGAGAGACUGGUCCUUUACUGAGCAGAUAUCGGCAAACAAGAUUCAGCUCACGAAGGAUACGUAAAAGGGUGGUUUUCAAGCACGGCGAUUGCAAUGUCGUGCAAGGAAAUGUCGCCAAGAGACGUCGCCGUUACCUUCAGGAUAUUUUCACGACGCUGGUGGACGCACAAUGGCGCUGGACUCUCCUGGUGUUCUCGAUGAACUUCCUGCUCUCAUGGCUAGGAUUCGCCUUGAUAUGGUGGUUGAUCGCGUACAGCCACGGCGAUCUCGAUCCGGAAAGUUACAACAAUUCAAACUUGACGUUCACGCCGUGUAUCAUGAACAUUCGCGGAUUCACCAGCUCGUUUCUAUUUUCCAUCGAGACCCAGCACACGAUCGGAUACGGGUCGAAAUACCCAACAGACGAAUGUCCAGAGGCAGUGUUUGUGAUGUGUAUCCAGUCGAUGACAGGUGUGAUCCUGCAGGCCUUUAUGGUUGGCAUAGUGUUCGCGAAACUCUCCCGACCGAAGAAAAGAACGCAGACGUUGCUGUUCUCAAGGAAUGCUGUGAUUUGUCAGAGAGAUGGCCAGCCCUGUCUGAUGUUCCGUGUCGGUGACAUGAGGAAGAGUCAUAUCAUCGAGGCUCACGUUCGAGCGCAAAUGAUCAAAAGGAAGGUUACCAGAGAAGGAGAACUGUUGCCAUUCUUCCAAACGGAACUGAAAGUGGGCGGCGAUGGCGAGGAGGACAAGAUACUCUUUAUUUGGCCAACGACAAUCGUUCACAAGAUUGACGAACAGUCACCCCUUUAUCAUAUAUCAGCCAGCGACAUGCUCAGGGAACGAUUCGAAAUCGUGGUGAUAUUGGAAGGCGUUAUCGAAUCAACUGGCAUGACAACUCAAGCCAGAAGCUCCUAUCUGCCGUCUGAAAUUUUAUGGGGGCACAGAUUCGAGCACAUAAUCACGUUCAAGAAGGAGACUGGAGAAUACGAAGUAAACUACACGUUGUUCAACAACACCUACGAAGUUGAUACGCCAUUAUGUUCAGCGGCUGAUCUGGACAAAAUCAGAGCGAUGCAACGGGCGAAAGGAGAACGUAUGAGCAGUAGCGGGUUCACUCAUUACCGCGAUGCAUCGAGCAGUUCUCUGACUACCGGAUCCGGUUCCAGUCUAGCGUCGUCCACAGGCGGAUUGCACAUGAACGUGCCAAUGACGCCGCUCACUCCGAUCCCAGUUAUGAUCACCGGCCCUGACGGUUCUCUCAGACGUGAGAGCAUGCAAAGCAUGCAAACUGACGUGAAACAGCCGAUAUUUUACACGCAAAACGAGUUUCUGGACAAUGAUCCACACGCUUUAAACCAUCAUGCACAAGAGGAAGAAGAUUACGAUCGCGUACUAGAAGACAUAAACGCGUCCUUGAGAAAGAGUCGAGGAUGCAACAAAGAGGACAAGAAAAUACACAGAGAACCGUCCAAGUGUACCUUAGAUUCUAGGAAAAGCGAGUCCAGAGACGUAAUAAGAAGAUCCGGUUCUAGAACAGCGAUGGAUCAAAUUCCAGUCAUCAACCCCCCGCCAAGAUCACCCUCGCGACAGCAUUUAGAUACCAGAAACGAUGCUAAUGUGUUUGAUCUAUUCAGACAUAGCAAGUUCGUAGAACCCUUGGAAACCUCGUAUCGAGAACCUCUGCCUCAUCCACUUUCGUCUUCGAGAACAUCCAGCCUAGGAGAGAAUCAGAAGGGCUUGCAGAAAAAGACCAGCUUCGUUUUAGGCGACGAGGAACACCACGUGUUAAAUAUGGAGCUAACGAAGGUGCCGCCAGUUCCAGAGGUGUUGGACGUUGAUUCAUCCAAGGCGAAUCAUCAUCCUAAGAACACUCUUGGUCUUCCUCAGGAACAAGUGUAGGCUCAGAGGGAGGCGAAAAGAGCAGAAAAUCUCUGGCAUCUAAUUGACUGGAUUUCCGUUUCGCUAUCGAUGAGCCACGAGACCUAAAAUGAGCCAGAAGCUUUAAAUUUCGCUAAAUUGCCUUAGAGGAAGAUCAAUUACUUGCCGGACGAUUUGCAACGAUCGUGCCCUCUUAAAACAACUUGACUUCACCGUACACUGAGCUUCUAAAUUGUCCUAAAUGGAGCACAAAGACGUCAUGCCGCGUAGUUUUCAUACAUAUGCGCUGUUGGCUUUAAGUUCAACUAACUAAGAGCCAUUACACGAUAUACACUGUCGACCAGUUGACAAAAAACC